AUGGCCGAUGUGAAGCAGCAGGUCAAGGUCCUGCUACUCUCCCUGUGGGCUCUGACGAGCCGCCGGAUGAGAGUGGCCGGCGCCUUCGUCCUCUUCCUCGGCGUGUCGGUAUGGCUCUCGCUACCCACGAUCAAGACGAUGACCGUUCCAAAGGUCACCCUCGAAUACGCACAUUCACCAUACAACCACUCCAAGGUCGCUCUCCUCGUUGAGAACCGACCCAACCCUAUUCUGGCGCCUCUGAUGCUGCACUUCAUCUCUGUCGUGCCCCCGGACUGGCGCUUCCGCUUCAUGGGCUCCAUUGACUCGGUCCGGUCAAUCAACCAGUCUGUCGCCAUUCGCGAGCAAGUCGCCGCCGGCAAGCUGGACCUGACCUAUAUUCCCUCCAACAUGAGCACCGCCGGCCAGGAGAUGAUCAGCCGCUUCCUUACCAACUUGUGGCUUUACGAGACCGUUCUGCAGCCUGCCGAAUGGCUGCUCGUCUUCCAGACCGACAGCAUUCUGUGCGCCAACAACAGGCAGAACAUCAAUGACUACCUCGAGUAUGAUUGGAUCGGCGCCCCCUGGAACCCCGGCGGUCGCUGGGGUGGCAACGGCGGUCUGUCCAUCCGCCGUGUCAGCGCCAUGAUCGAUAUCCUUCGUAACCAGAAGCGUGUCGAUGGAUCCGAGCCCGAGGACGUCUGGCUCGCCGAGCGUCUCGCUCACCGCCCAGGCAGCAAGGUUGCCAACGGAACCGUCUCUUUGAUGUUCAGCGGUGAAAUGCACACAGGGCCGGGCACCGUGAUCAACCACGACGGACCCAACUCGACUUUGGAGGCGGCCGCUGAAGGCGAGCUUGUUGCUGGCAUCGACGACUACCGCGAAGGCUACUACGAGCCCAUGGGAUAUCACACUGGUGGCAGCGGUAUCUGGUUACACAGCGCCAUCUGGGGUACCCCGGCCCUACGCAAACACAUUUGGGACUACUGCCCGGAGGUUAAGUUGACGUUGGCUAUGGACGCCGCCAAGUACGUUCCGGGUACAUGCAAGUCCAACUGGAAGAGAGGAAUCGACAUCUACGAGGACGGAGGCCUGGUCGAACGCGAGGAGGAGAUCUCCGAGGAGGAGGCUCUCUCGGCUUACCCGUUCGGGACCGAGAUGAUUGACGGCGAAGAAUACCCCAAGCUGCCACCCAACUUGAUGAUGUGGUAG